UCAUUGCUAUUUGGUUGCGUGCUAAAAGUAGAUGGUAAGCCACUGCUGCUUGGUAUACUGCAUGCUUUUGUUACAACACAUGGGGAAAUCAGUCUGGGACUAAGUUGUAAAGACCAGCCUGGUCUACAGAGCAAAUUUCGGGACAGCCAAGCUGAGGCAGUGAAGGAAACCAUGGAAAACAGAAAUUUUGUGAAGAUGUAAUUGAACAAGAGGGUCAUGUUCUAGCUCCAGCAAGCAGCAGAACUUGGCAUAUUUGACCAUGUGGUUUUGGCUUUAUAGUCAAGGACAGAAGAAAGGGGUUAUGGAAUUUCCCUCUGCAGCUAAGGAAGGUGUCUAAAUCUACAUAUUCCUUUCCAGAAAAAUCAAAACUGAGAAAGUGAAAUUCUGAGAUAGCUUUAGCUACUGUCACAUUAUACAGCUGUCAUGAACUCAGGUUCCAGUUGGGUCUAAGGCUGUCUAGCAGACAUAUAUAACUGCAUUGUAAGCACCUACAUUCUGAUGGCACCACACCCACCCCAAGACACUUGGCAUUGCCAUAAUGAGGAAAGAAAAGAAAAACACCGUACAAAGAGGGGGACAGAUAUGGUGUGUGAAUUCUGAGAAAGUCUCUCCCCAUCCCCAGAGAAAACAUGGAUUUCCAUCUCUUCACUAAUCUAUCCCUCCCCUUCAAUUUUAUUUUAUACUCUCAACUGCAGCUUCCCAAAGGGUGGAGAAGUACAUUUGGGAAUUUAUCUCCCAGUUCUGCUCUUGGCCAAGAAUGAAAGUCACCAUUGAUUCCCAAUCAACACUCAGCCUUCUUGUUGGUUCCACAAUUUCAAGGUGGAAAAAGAAUGAAUUUUUGAAUCAGAACCAGCAAACAAAUCAAAUAGGUUCAGCCUUUUAGUCUCAUAGCCCUAGAAGAUUCAACAAAGCAAAUGAACCCAGAAAUUUGGCACAGACAAACCAGCAACUUCACUAGACAUGUGGAAUCUGACUAGAGUUAUGUGGGUACUUCACAACCUGAAACUAUGAACUGUGAACUUCCCGACUCAGCGGGGCUGAGGGGACUCUACUCCCAGCAGUAAGAAAGCAGGACCUUGCACUCUCUCUGCUAUGCUUGGAUACUCCAAACUCCCCAACGGUUGUAACAUUUGGGGCCUCUGUUCUCCCCAAUGCACACCUGACUUCAACUCUAGAUCAUUAGAAAUCAGGCCAGAAAGAAUUUAUCAGCUCCCAGGAGGCAGGGAAGCCUGUCCAGCCAGCUUUUUCCAGAUGGAUUCUGUCCCAAUCCUGGAUGGAGUUUAUCUGGAGCCUUCCACUCUAGAAACUGAGACCAAGGGCCAGCCUGAAAGGACCGAGGCAGGACAGGCACUAAAGCCCAUCCUCAGCCCACAUCACUGUGAAUGUUCUCUCUUCUCCUCCACCGACCUGUGCACAAAGACACAGGUGCGUCAAUAAUUUCCAGGAACGUUGUGCAAGUUGUCUCAGUCAACCCAAGACUCACUGCAGUCAGUUCCUCACCAGAUGAAUGAGUCAGCACAGAAGCUGGUUGGUUGCGUAGGAGAGAUGUGUGCCCCAAACUAAUAGUAAUACUCUCCAGACCCAACACUUCUUGCCCAAAGAUCACGAUAAUCUUGUACUGCUCUGCCCAGUUCACUGUGGGAGUGGAGCUGUUCUGGAUGCUGAUCCUUGAUCCCUCUCAAUUUCCAUCUUUGUUGCCAGGAAAGGUUGUGUAAGAAUGUUCUGUAACCCUCCUCCUUUAUUUCCACCAGCCAUUGGAAAGGGGGCACUGUGUGCUGUAACACACAUACACCAUUCCAAUGCCCUGUGCGUCCCCACUGAACCUGACGUGUAUUUGGAGAAUCAGCCUCUGCUUGUCCUUCUAACACCAUGAAGGAGAGGGAGGGGCCUCCUAGUUUAGACCUCCCCCAGCUUCCUGCUGUGGACACUGCUGUCAGUUUGAACAUGGAACAGGAUGGUCACGUGGUAAGAGAGAGGAAGGGGCCUGAGGAAGGGAAUCUAGGGCUCAUGGGUGGGAUGUUUAGUGCAGGCAAGAAGGAGAGACAGAGGUCUCGGUUGCCUCUAGCUCCAGGCCCUGUCAGAGCAUCACAGUCUAUCAGGAAGUUAACUGUGGAAGUCAAGAUAAGAUUGGACUCCUGUUAACUGUCCAUCCCAUAAUCAGCUGAACAGGAUAGGUAGGGGGCAGGUUCCUCAACACCCAAACUUUAGAUCUUUAUCAUCCUUGCAUACUUUAAAAAAUAUGUUAUUGCCGGAUGGUGGUGGCGCACUCGGGAGGCAGAGCCAGGUGGUUCUCUGUGAGUUCAAGCCCAGCCUGGAGCAAGAUCCAGGACAGGCACCAAAACUACACAGAGAAACCCUGUCUUGAAAAACAAACAAACAAAAAAAAAAACAUUAUUUUUAUGUGUCUGGGUGCUUUGCCUGUGUGUGUGUCUCUAUACCAUGUGAAUACGUGUGCACAGAGACAAGAGGAGCCAGCACUCUUAACCACUGAGCCAUUUUUCAGCCCCACACCUACUUUGAUACAGUGUAUUUCUCCAUUGUAGUACUCUCAGGACUUCUGGACACCCUCAUGCUAGCUAGAGCCCAUCCGGGAGUCAGCCCCUCACUCCUGUGUACUCAGAGGUCCUCAUCCCUAUCUGGGUGUUUGUAUCCCUUGAUGCAUCAUAUUCUCUCCUUCUUUGGGGUUCCAGUAUAUUCACCUCAUGGUGGCCUUACAUCUACAUCUCUGUGUAGGUUUCUGGUGUUCCCUGUGGUCCUUUAUAUCUUGGGGUGCUUAUGUUAUUGGACAAGUGGUGAUCUACACUCUGUAAAGGUACGAACAACCUUGAAUUAUGAUGGUAGGUCUCUUGGGACCUUGGUGGGUCCACCCCUUCUCCAUUAGACUGUUUUUGUCCUUGCCCUCCCUGAGGAGCUCCAUCCAUAUGGAGCAUGCACACUCUUGCCACCAUAAACUUCUCUGCCUACGAGUCACCAGGAAUGCUAUCGCCAGAGGCCAUCAACAUCUUUGGAGUACCAGCUACCUGGGAUCACAAUGGGUUGAAUCUCCAUCAACCUGGUGUCCCUAGGAUUGAACCUUUUUAAGAUGACGAGGGUGCCAGGAGGUGAUAGCACACGCCUUUAAUCCCAGCACUCAGGAGGCAGAGCCAGGUAGAUUUCUGUGAGUUCCAGGACAGCCUGGUCUACAGAGCGAGAUCCAGAAUGGGCACCAAAACUACAUAGAGAAACCCUGUCUCGAAAAACAAAACAAAACAAAACAAACAAACAAACAAACAAACAAACAAAAACCCAAAACAAAACAAAAAACGACAAAGAGCUGGCCCUUAAUGGCAAAUACAUACUGCCUGUCCUCAGAAAAUACAAGUGAACUUGAACAUCACUGACCCUGGGAUGCUGAGUCAGAGGGAAGCUGUGUCAGCAGAGCAUUGGUGGAAGGGAGUUCACCCUCACUCAGAACAGCAGGAAAGUGCAUAGUCCAACCCACUUUCAAGUCAGCUGGGCAGCAGACUGCUGGGUGCUGAGAACCCCAGUGAAUGAGGUUCACAUGGAGACACAGGGGUAGGGAAAGCCCAGGAGCUCCCGCCCUGUAACUUGACCUGCUUUUCUGGCUGUUUUUUUUUCCUCUAGUGAGUUUAAAUUUCCUUUAAGACAAAACAAAAGUUCAUCAAAUGUGAUGGUUUGAAAGAAAUGGUCCCCAGUUGGUGGAACUUUUUUUAAUUCUCACAUUAAACAUCUGAAACUAUUAACCUGUACACCAUCUCUACCCAGUCCACAUUUUAAACUAUGCUGUGUGUGUGCUGUCAGGGGUGGGGAUGGUGUGUAAUGCUCCAACUCUGAACAACCCCUAGAGUUCAUGCAGAUACCCUUUGUCUAGGUCUGCCAUUGGCUGGGCCUUAAAACCAUGGGUGACUGAGUGAGGGCCUGUUAGUGAGAAAGGAGGCAGAAAGUCAGUGAGGAGCACCAAGGAGCAGGCAUAGGUUGGAGGGAGACACUCAGUAAUGGUGCUCUCGUUCCUGAGCCAAUAGACCUGGAUUCUUGCUUGUGACUAGUGAGGUCAAAAUGAGUGGUUCAGUUUCCAGUUUCCUCCUAGCAGGUGAUACAGAGACCAAGGUGAGCAUUAGCGAGUGCCAAGUGUGGCAGGAUGAAGGCUGUGGGCUGAAAGGGACAAGGAGAUGAGUGGCAGCCUCCCAUGGGGGUGAGGAACCCUGAGCCACCCUAGAUUCCCUCUCCCCUUCCAGGUUAAUUCUGUGGGGAUCACAAAAUUGGCUGGACUUUGGCUCCCUGCCUGACCACAACCCAGCGUCCUCACUUAGGGUUUAUGAUUAUCAAACAUCCGGGUGCCAACAAUGAGACCUCUCCCCAAGGCUAUAAGGAAGCAACUCAAGCAGAUUGGAAUGUGUCUCCUGGAUGCUGAGAUUUGAGAUCCAGAAGUCUCCCCCAUGGCUCCUUAUCACAUUCGCCAGUACCAGGAGAGGGACCGCAAAAGGGUCUUGGAAUUGUUCUCUAGGGGCAUGGAGGAGCAUGCCCCUGCCACCUUCCGCCACCUGCUGAAACUGCCCCGAACCCUCCUGCUCUUAAUUGGGGUGCCUCUUGCCACAGUCCUGGUGUCUGGCUCCUGGCUCCUGGCUGUUGUAUGCAUUGUCUUUCUGCUUGUCUUCUUGCGGUUCCUUGCUGGCCAGCCCUGGAAGAAUUAUGUGUCCAUGUGUUUGCACACAGACAUGGCUGACAUCACUAAGUCCUACCUGAGUGUGCCUGGCUCAGGUUUCUGGGUGGCUGAGUCUGGGGGACAGGUAGUGGGGACAGUGGCUGCUCAGCCGGUCAAGGCUCCCCCAUCAGGGAGGAAGCAGCUGCAGCUCUUUCGCCUGUCUGUGUCCUCACAGCAUCGAGGACAGGGGAUGGCGAGAGCCCUGGUCAGAACUGUCCUCCAGUUUGCACGGGACCAGGGCUACAAUGACGUUGUCCUUGCGACUGGCCUUUUGCAGCAAGGUGCUGUGAGCCUCUAUUACAGCAUGGGUUUCCAGAAGACAGGUGAAUCCUUCAUGGACAUCCUCACAUGGCUUGUGGAUGUCUCUCUAAUUCACUUCAUAUACCCACUCCCUUCUGCUCAGGAACAUGAACUGUGAUCUUCUUCCUCUGUGUGUCUGUCAGCCUCCAGCUCACUGUGCUGUGGAAAAAGUAACCCUGAUAUUGUAGUGGACAAAUCAUAAAAUUGCCUUUGUCAUUUUCGUUGUAUUCCUGUCUGCCUGAUGGGAGGUAAAGAACUAGGGCAGUGAAGUCCUCUGUUUCUUGUGAAGUAAUUUCCUAAAGAGAGGGGCAGUGGCCAGUGAUGCGGUGGGGUCGUUUACACAGCCUGACUAGCAUGUGUAGUCCCCACUGGCCCAGGCUAGCCUCAGUCUAUGGACCAGCGUGAGUCUCUGCAGGUCAUGUGUGGAGUGUGUUUGUGGGCUCAGAAAGAGGAAGUGGGACUGGAGAGUAAUUUCACUCCCACCACUUCUUGCCACUGAGGCUGGGCCCAUCAUGCAUCCAAGGCCUGGGGGCUCAAGAAACGUAGGUGCUGACAGAAUGGUAAAUGGCGUUGCAGAUGGCGGCACGGUGCUGGCUGUGCAGGCCUUUAAUCUAACCAGGAAUUUUUAUGUGUAACAAGCAUGCCGAUAUUCAUAACAGUUCUCCCUUAAGGAGCCCAGGUAGCCCUUCCUACCACUGUAAAUGCCUACUACUUCAACUUCGCUUCACUCUAUUUCCCAUGUCCCACAAUAAAAAUAUUCAGUGUCUGUAGUAGAAUAUUA